AUGUUUACUUUAUCAUCCUCCACGCCGUCGUUGUUGACGAGCAGCGUUUACCAAAAGAACCAACAAAACAAUAGAAGAAAAUCGACGGUCGUUCACGUUUCCGCGAGUGGUUUAUCGCCGUCAAAGUUGAAAGCGACCGGCAAACGAUUGUUAGUCAUCCCGGACCAAGAAGAGGCGCAAACGGCGGGUGGUAUUUUGUUGAUGAGCUCCUCCGCGAGUGCAGGACCGGGGUCCUCGAUUUGCGGGUCCGUCUCCUCAGUCGGGGCGGAUUGUAAGACGGUAAAACAAGGCGACUCGGUCUUAAUCAACGGAUUCGCCGGGUCGGAGAUUGAGUUCGAAGACGGGUCGAAAGGGAAGUUUGUCACCGAGGACGACGUGUUGGCUAUUUUGGGUUAA